GUGUCAAAAAAAACCGUGACGAGGUUACGUCAGAGCGCUUGACAGUUACUUAUUGUGAAAAUAGAUGUAGGUCUUCAAUUUUUGAGUAUUUCGUUUUUGUAGACACGCUCGAAUAAUGGCAGAAGCAGCAAGUAAAGACCAGUGUACUGAAUCAGAGACCAAAGAAUCCAGUGAAAAAAGUGACAUUUUAGAAUGUGCUGUUUGUUUACAAACGUGUGUUCAUCCAGCUCAGUUACCUUGUGGUCAUAUAUUCUGUUUUUUAUGUGUAAAAGGCAUAGCCAAUCAAAGUAAAAAGUGUGCGAUGUGUAGACAGGAGAUCCCCCGAGACUUUAUCGAACAACCAAACUUAUUGGAAAAACCCCAACAGACGGAAGUGGCUGAAGGCUUCGAUGGUGGCUACCAAUGGUUCUAUGAAGGAAGAAAUGGAUGGUGGCAGUAUGAUGAACGAACUAGCAGAGAAUUAGAGUCAUCAUAUAAAAAAGGUGAAAGAACUUGUGAAUUUCUGAUAGCAGGAUUUUUGUACAUAGUGGAUCUAGAAAAUAUGCUACAGUUGAGAAGAAAUGACCCUAGUCGUCGAAGAAAAAUCAAAAGAGAUUUUGCCACUAUUCCUAAAAAAGGUAUUGCUGGACUAAGGACUGAUGAAUCAACAAUUGAUAUGUCUACAGAAUCAAGAAAUGUUGAAGGGAGAACAGAAGAUAAUGUAGUACCUAUUACACCUUCAAAUACACCUCAAAGUCCAACUAGCGGCAGAGAAUCUCCAAGGGAUGAACAAGAUAUACAAGCCACAAUGGAAAGAAUCAGUUCCUUACAGCUCAACUCUGCUAUUAAUGAAAUAGAUACCUCAGUUGAGUCUGAUCAGGAAUAAAUUUAAUUGCUAUUUAAUCAGGUUAUUUAUUUUUCGAUCAAUUUAUUGUCACAUGUUAAAAAUCUAAAUCGUAUUUUAAAAUUAGAAAAAUUGGAGCACAAUCUCUUUCGCUAUCAUUUUAACUAAAAUAAACUGUAUGUUUGAAUUUUGUAACAAUAAAUGAUUAUUUGUU